GACGUGCCGUCGUGGACGUCCAAGAAGAUGUGGUAUGCAGCGGCGAUGACGCAGACAUGGAACAAGUUUUGCAUCCAAGGCGGGUUCGUCGAGAUCUCGGCGCGCAUGCCUGGCCCGACUAACAAGGAGUCGAUGAACCCGCACGUGACUGGGAAGCGCUGGGACCACCAGCUGCAGAAGGAUGUGCCCGUCAAGUACCUCGACCGCAUUCCCGACAUCAAGUUUUACCCGACGUGGCCGGGUCUCUGGAUGAUGGGCAACCUCGGUCGCGCGCUCUUUGCGGCGUCGACCAACCGCGUUUGGCCGUGGACGUACAACGAGUGCGACGAGCGGUACAAGUCGUCGCAGCGAAUCUCGGCGUGUGACCCGAACCCUGGCUACGGCAUGAACCCGUACCAAGGUCGCGGCUCGCCCGAAAUUGAUAUUCUUGAAGGCGGCGGCAGUGACAUCUCGUCGUCGAUCCAGAUUGCGCCGGGCAUGCCGGACGAGUACCGCCUCUUCCCGGCGCAGCUCAAGUACGAAGCGACCAACAACACGGACCCCCAAGGUCGGAAGGGCCAGGGGCACGUAUUUUGCUACUAUGAAAAGACGUGCUUGACGCCCGGGGCCAACAUGGCGGACGUUCCGACGUCGGCAUUCGCAGCUCGUGGCCACAAGUCGUGGUACCAAGGCCUCAAGUACGCGGCCAACCACCGCUGCACGCCAGUCGAUACGAUGAAGCAGCAGUAUGACUCGGUCGCCAAGGCGCAAAACGGCCCGAUCGUCGACAACCAGUUUGAUAUCAAGGCCAUUAGCUCGGGCCGUGACCUUCACGCGGACCUGAGCUUGAUUGACGGCAAGGGCCCUGCACAUUGGGGCAUCAACUACAACGGAACGUGCUUCCCGAUCGCCAACGGCUACAAGGGCGGGUUUCUUUGCGACCGCGAUAGCCAAAACCCCAAGUGCGACGAGCCGCGGAAGGACUGGCAGCUACCGACCAAGAUGAUGGAGCCGUUCGAGUACCAAAUGGACGCGAUCUCGUCCAACUGGCAGAUCAGCUACGAAGCGUACACGACGUUCUACAAGUACCAGCUCGAAUGGGUCAUUGGCGAUGAAGGCUACGUGCGCUGGAACCUCGCCGGGGCGCCGAUCUUUGAGAUCCCGGCCGCGUCGUUGACCAACCCGCCGCAGGGCCCGGCUGGCAGCGCGCGCAACCCGAAGAAGAUCAUGGUCGAAGAGCCGAGCUACUUUAUCUUCAACGUGGCCAUGUCGUCUGCGUGGGGUGCUAUGCCCCCUAACGUCAAGAUCGGCGGUUGCCGCGGCAACGCGACGCACCCUGAGCCGGGUACCUACGAGCACAAGGCGACCAACAACAUUUGCGACUCGUUCCCGAUGUACAUGGCGGUCGACUACAUCCGCGUCUGGCAAGACACCAAGACGAUGAGCGUCGGUUGCGACCCGGCCUCGCAUCCGACCAAGGAGUUUAUCAAGGCGCACAUCUCCAACUACACCGACCCGAAGAACCCAGACAUCAUUGUGGCCGGCGGCGCGACCUGCAACGUCGAUGACGACUGUACGACAGCCGCCAGUAUCACGGGCUCGUGUGUCAACCGCCGCUGCAAGUGCGUCGGCGUCUGGACGGGCCCCCGCUGCACCAAGUACGACCUCGAGACCGUCACGUACGGUCCGCCGUUGUACGCGAUGGCGGGUUUUUGCGGCUUUGCGAUCGUCGGGUCGGCACUUGGCCUUGCGCUCCGCCGGCGCCGCAACAAGGGUGUCAUUAUGCGCCAGCAGGAAGAGAUGCGCCGGGAGAAGCACAGCGAAGGUAGCUCCAACGUCUUUAUCGUGGAUGCUGCGCAUAGCGACGUUCAGAUUACGCGGUAACGCUAACCGAUAAUGCAUGAAAUUCCGAUGUUUUGCAUCUCUGA